GAACCUUUGAAACUGGAUGGAAACAGGGAGCAGAAUCACACCUUCAGUUAGCUCUGUGCCGCCUCUCUUCCCUUCCGCAGCUAUAAGCCCCACAGGUUAGGCUGGCCCAGGCCACAGCUACCCUCUGUCUUCAGGAAGCCCCUGGUGUUCCAGUGCCCAGGGCCCUCCCUGCUCUCGGGUCCCCCAUGCCUUCAGCUGAGAAAGUUCCAGGAGGGCUCCCGGCCCCAUGCCCAGGAGGGCAGCUGCCCCUCACCUCUCCGCACACGUCUUUGCAGAGUUUGAUGGGGCGUCGGGCGGAUGACAGCGGGAACGGUUGUGAUCACUGGCGGAAUCCUAGCUACGGUCAUUCUCCUCUGCAUCAUCGCCGUCCUGUGCUACUGUAGGCUCCAGUAUUACUGCUGCAAGAGGAGCAGAGCCGAGGAUGCACGCGAGGAGGAGGAGGAGGAUCACGACCUGCCCGCACACCGCAGAGGCCCCACCUGCAAUGUCUGCAGCUCCCAGGCCCUGGACGGCCGAGGCGGCCUGGCACCUCCCACCAGAGAGCCCUGCGGCCAGCCGUGCGGGGUGGCAGCCAGCCACUGCACUGCCUGCUCCCUAUACAGCUCUCCCUUUUACAUACGGACGGCUGACAUGCUGCCCAACGGGGGCGGAGGCGAGAGGCUCUCCUUUGCUCCCACAUACUACAAGGAGGGGGGACCCUCAUGCCUCCAACUGGCAGCGCCCCAGAGUUACCCGGUGACGUGGCCAGGCUCUGGCCGUGAGGCCUUCACCAAUCCAAGGGCUAUUAGUACAGACGUGUAACCCCUUCCACCCCCGCCACGCACCAGCGCUGCUGCCCCAGCAGGAGCAAUGGGGACAGCGGACGACACCCCCCAGCACGGCCCACAAGGACGGUCUCAGUUUUCCUGGCUUUCCUUUUCGCACAGUGGAGGGCUCACCCGGAUUCAGGCUAUUGAGGGCAUUAAGAACCAGGGCAGGGCCUGGCCCCGCGGUCCACAGGUGGCGGCCUGACAGGUCGUGUUGGCAGCUUAGACAGUUUCUCUGUUGGGACUGUCCUGUGGCCAGUGCCAGCACGGCCACCACCCUCUCACUUCCCUCAGUCCCCUGGCUGUGCCGGGCCAGGGGAAAGCUGAGCAAAGGCUCUGGGGGUCUUCGGAGUCCUUGGGGGAUGGAAGGAGAAAGGGGGGUGUGUAGGGCAAAGGGAGAGGCCAGAGCUGAGGCAUUGGCAGAACUCGAGAAGGGAGAGGAAGGGGUUAAAGGGACUCUUCAGGACCUGCUUGCUGAAAUGAAUCCAAGAGCUAGUUCACAAUCUAGUUUUGUACUUCGCCUGUUCUAGAGACUGCACUCCCUGUAGCUAUUCCAGCACGGAUAUUGCUUUCUGAAACACAUCACAUCUGCAUCUGCCUCUGUUUUCACAGAACACGUCGACUGGACUUUAAAGGCUGUGGCAUAAGGUUAUUUGUGAGGAAUGCACCCAAAAUGGAUGUCUCCCCACAAAUCCUCUUUCUCUGCCUCAGGAACCAGCUGCCCUGGCUGGAGAACCUUUUGCAAGUUUUGUUACUAGAGUUUGAGUAGCUUAGCAAAGGAAAGCCUGCUGAUGGUCUCGGGGCCCUGGUCCACCACGCUGAGCACUGUGCGUGGAUGCAGCCCUGCGAGGACGUGUGCAUUCCCAGGUGUGUGCACACGGGCCUGUCACCAACAGUGCACACCAGGACUUUGCCACCUGCAGGAGCUGCAGGGCGGAAGGGUCUCUGAUGUACCAACUAGAAAGAAAAAUCUGACUCCAGACAGCAGGAGCGAAAGGUGAUCAAGGUGGCAGCCAAUCCCCACGGCAGCCAGCUGGCUGGUACAGGAAGAGCCUGCGGAGUCUCCCCUGGGAUAACGCUGCUGCGUGGAAGCCACGGAAGCCCCUCCAGAGACCUGGUGUUCUCCCUGGGCAUCCAGCCACGAGGCCACAGAGCAGGACCCCUUCGUUUCACCACGGAUGGCAGCCCUCGCUCUGAGGAUGGGAGGGAUUUGACUUAGCAAUCAGGUUCCAUGCUGGCUGCCCUCCCUCCGCUGACCCACCCCCCAGUCACAGGACAGGGGCCUGUUUAUUGCUGUGUCACUCUAGCCCCAGUCCAACUCCCAGUUGUAACUCAGCUGUGGCCUUAUGCUGCUUGAGUGAAUGCAUCUGAUGAGUUUCCCAGUUGCCUCUGCAGUGAGGGGUGGCUGUCCCCCCACUUCCUAAGGGCAUUAGGAACCCCCAGACUCUCUUGCGUCACCGAAUGCUGCAGAGCGUGGGGCAGGGAGGAAGCUGGCCCCUCUGCUGAAAUCUUGAUUUUUGCAUUUGCGACAGGGAGGGUGAAGCUGGGGAAGGGGAAGAGAAUUCGCCGCACCUUUUGCAUCACUCUGGGCACUUGUCACCUUGCAUCUCAACCU